AUGCUGGCUCUCGCCCUCUUUGCCCUCCUUCCCGCGAUCGUGGCCGUCCCAUACAAGCGCGACACGGCCCCAGUCUCCAGCCUCCGCCACGACCUGAGCCACUUCACAUUUUCGCCGAUCAAGCACAUCUCUCUCGGUCCGCGUCCCUACUACUUGGUGGACGACAUGUCUCCUUCGCCCCUCAAGGACAAGUUGACAAAGUGCAAAGAAUACCCCGCAAAGACGUCCAGUUGGUCAAUCGGACACCGAGGCGGCGGAACACUCCAGUUUCCAGAACACACUGUUGAGAGUAAUCUCGCCGGGGCGCGGAUGGGCGCUGGGAUCCUCGAGUGCGAUGUUGCGUUCACAAAGGAUCUGCAGCUCGUCUGUCGCCAUUCCCAGUGCGACUUGCAUACGACUACCAAUGUCGUUGCGACGGAACUGGGAGCAAAGUGCUCGCAGCCUUUCAAGCCGGCUAACGGGAGCGCUCCCGCAUCGGCAAAGUGCUGUACGGCCGACUUUACCAUGGCCGAGCUGCGCACACUUUGCGCCAAGAUGGAGUCUAGUUACGCCAAUGCUACUAGCCCCCAAGAGUAUUUGGGUGGAGUCGCGCCAUGGCGAACGACGCUGUAUAAUCAGUGCGGGACGAUCAUGAGCCACAAGGACCAUAUCCAGAUGACGCUUGCCCUCGGACUCGACUUUACCCCCGAGCUCAAGACGCCAGAAGUCCCACUUCCGGAGGGGUACAGUCAGGAAAAGUACGCCCAGCAGCUUGUGGACGAUUACCGCGCCGCAGGAGUCGACUUUAAGCGUGUUUGGCCCCAGAGCUUCCUCUACUCUGACAUCCUUUAUUGGAUCAAGAACGAGCCCAAGUUUGCGCGCCAGGCGCUCUUCCUCGACGAGACAGGGGACGACGGCAAGCUAGCCAAUGCUACCGCAGCACUUGCGGGUCGCGCCAAGGACGGGGUCAAGUGGGUCUCGCCACCGACUAGCUACCUCCUCACCGCUGUGGAUGGCAAGCUCGAGCCUAGCGCGUACGCAAAGGAGGCUAAGCGGCUCGGUUUGGGCGUCGUCGCUUGGUCGCUUGAGCGGUCUGGGCCGCUUGACCAGAUCAAGGGCAACUACUACUACGAGCACUUUGACAGCGCUGUUAAGCGUGAUGGCGACAUGUUCGUCGUGCUCGACGCGCUUAAGAAUGCUGGCGUCGACAAGGUCUUCUCCGACUGGUCUGCUGCCACUACCUUCUACGCGAACUGCAUGGGACUCAAGUAG